CGGCGGGAACUGCAAUUGGUAGCUUUGAAGGUGCAGCAGGCGGGAAUAGAUGAGGAGAGAGCCGGCCUGCGAUGUGGAACGUUUCGUUACAGUGUCAGAGAGAUGGAUGACACCGUUGCCGAGUUUUUCAGGAGGACCAUCUUGAAAAUCCCAAUGACUGAAAUGAUGACGAUCCUAAAAGCCUGGGAUUUUUUGUCUGAAAGUCAACUGCAGGCCGUAAACUUCCGGCAGAGAAAGGAGUCUCUUGCUCAGGACUUGGUUCUGCUCUGUCAGGAGAAGCGUGCACGUCUCCACGACGCAGCCCUCUUAGACAUCAUUUAUAUGCAGUUUCAUCGGCACCAGAAAGUUUGGGAUGUUUUUCAGAUGAGUAAAGGCGCAGGUGGAGACACUGACCUUUUUGAUAUGGAGCAAUUCAAAAGUUCAUUCAAGAAGAUUCUUCAGAGGGCCUUAAAAAAUGUGACAGUCAGCUUCAGAGAUGCUGAGGAGAAUGCAGUGUGGAUUCGAAUUGCCUGGGGAACACAGUAUAGAAAGCCAAACCAGUACAAACCUACUUACGUGGUAUAUUAUUCCCAAACUCCAUACGCCUUCAUUUCUUCCUCCCAGCUGAAGAGCAAUCUUCCCCUUCUGGGUCAGGCACUGACAAUUGCAAGCAAACACCAUCAUAUUGUGAAAAUGGACCUGAGAAGCCGCUACCUGGACUCUCUGAAGGCUAUUGUUUUUAAACAGUAUAAUCAGAACUUUGAAACUCACAACUCUUCUAUACCUCUACAAGAAAGAAGCCUUGGGCUGGAUAUACAUAUGGAUUCAAGGAUCAUUCAUGAAAACAGAAUUGAAAAAGAAAGAGUCCAAGGAGUGACUCGGGAAAUUUUUGGAGACUAUCCCCAACCAAGACUAGAGUUUGCACAGUAUAAGCUUGAAACAAAAUUCAGAAGUGACUUAAACGGGGGCAUCUUGGCUGACAGAGAAGAACCCCUCCGGUGCCUGGUGAAGUUCUCUAGCCCACAUCUUCUGGAAGCACUGAAAUCCUUAGCACCAGCCGGUAUUGCAGAUGCACCACUUUCUCCAUUGCUCACUUGCAUACCCAGUAAGGGAAUGAAUUAUUUUAAAAUUAGAGAUAAAUAAGGUGUAUUUGGUUUUGUAAGCACAGCACCCUUGACUGUGUGCAUAUGCAUUUUAGUUAAUGGCAAGCUGGAUAGCUUCUAUCUAUGAACUUGUUUUAGAAAUUCAUCCUUGAUACUGACAAUUUAGAAAUGUUAAAUAUAAUUCUUGAGACUGAUUCUUUCCUCCUCCUGCAAAGCAUAGCAGUUGUGGGCCUUUAAAAAGUGACAGGAUGCCUUUUUUUUCCCCACUCCUGGCUCUUCUUGAUCCUGGUGAGGUCUGGUUCUACUUGAUAGUUUCCAGGGAUUUUCUCUUAAGCCUUGAAUCAUGAAAAAAAGCACCAAGAAACUAUACCCAACUCAAAACUUCCUAGGAGAAUUGCAAAAUUGGUCCAUCAAAGGGGCCAUGAAAUUAUUAUUGCAGGAGGUAGAAUAUCAGAUUACUCAGCUAUAUAAAAUAAUGAUUUCAUUGUAAAUAUGAUAUUUCGAUAUUUCUUAUAAAUCUUUUUUAUACAUAUGGCAUCCAAAUGUUAUAUGGAUUUGUGAAUAAAGACAUUUAAAAACUGG